AUGGCUAAUUCGAAAUUUGAGUAUGUCAAGGACUUCGAGCAAUCCGAUCCGUUGCUUCCUAGUACCUGGAUUGUGGUUCGCAUUGACGGAAGAGGAUUUCACAAGCUGUCGGAUCACUAUGCGUUCCAAAAACCCAAUGACCGCCGCGCGCUUGAUCUCAUGAAUGCGGCUGCGGUCGAGGUCAUGAAAGAUCUUCCAGAUCUAUGCAUUGCCUAUGGUGUCAGCGAUGAGUACAGCUUCGUCUUUCCACCUACUUGUCAGCUCUUCGAGCGGCGAAACGCCAAACUGGUUACAACCAUUGUCUCGACAUUCACAGCGUACUAUAUCUAUCUGUGGCCCACAUAUUUCCCUUCUACCCCACUAGCACCGCCAUACCUCCCAUCUUUUGAUGGACGAGCGGUCAUUUACCCCAACACACGUAUUCUACGAGAUUACAUGAGCUGGAGGCAGGUUGAUUGUCAUAUCAAUAAUCUCUACAAUACCACUUUCUGGACUAUGGUUCUGCAAGGUGGUAUGACCAACACAGAUGCGGAACAAGAGCUGAAGGGUACUGUGUCUUCAGACAAAAAUGAGAUCCUUUUCAAGCGGUUUGGCAUCAAUUACAAUAACGAAGGAGAUAUAUACAAAAAAGGAAGCGUGCUCUAUCGCCAGUUUGAGCUCGUCGAGCCCAAAGCUACUCCCUCGACAGAAGAUGAGGCUUCAGUUCCAGAGGCUAAGCAAUCAAGGUCGCAACAGGAUAAGUUGAAGAAACUGCGUCGCAAGGCACAGGUAGUUGUUGAUCAUGUUGAUAUCAUUAAGGAUGAUUUCUGGGCAAGGCGGCCUUGGAUUUUGUCAGGCACACCGGGCAAGUUGCCGCAGAACUGA